AUGUUGAAUUCUGUUUCUGUGUUGUCGGAUGCUAAAAGUAGAUUAAGCUUAUGCAGUUUCUUCAUCAUGGCCUCUUUCAUUCUUGGUGUCUGCUUCAUUGGAAGUGCAUGGUUAGCAAGAAAUUCUUUCGUGGUAUCCUCGAUGGUGGACAUAGAACUGAACGAUGAAAAAGAGAUUUCGCAGUUGAACAAAUGCAAAGAGAACUGCAAGCCUGUCGGUAGUGAAUCUUUGCCGAAAGGAAUAGUUUCCCCAACAUCUAACUUGGAAAUGCGGCCGUUGUGGGGUCCUAUUUCGGAAAAUUACGAACAAAAGGGUUCAACCAAUCUCUUGGCCAUUGUAAUUGGGAUAAAGCAAAAAGAAUCGGUGAACAAAAUUGUUAGUAAGUUCUUAGCAAAUGGUUUUGUCGUGAUGGCUUUCCAUUAUGAUGGUGUCGUUGAUGAAUGGAAAGAUUUUGGAUGGCACAAUAAAGUCAUUCAUGUAUCGGCCCCAAGCCAAACAAAAAUGUGGUUUGCCAAACGGUUUCUACAUCCAGAUAUUGUUUCUGAAUACGACUACAUUUUUCUGUGGGACGAGGAUCUUGGUGUCGAAAAUUUUGAUCCAAGAAGGUACCUAUCUAUUGUUAGGCAAGAAGGGCUGGAAAUAUCACAGCCCGCCCUUGAUCCUAGAAAAUCAAAGGUGCAUCAUCGUAUAACUGCACGUGUGAGAGGAUCAAAGUUUCACAGGAGAUACUAUGAUUCUAGAGGUGGUGGAAAAUGUGUUAACAACAAUACAGGUCCUCCUUGUGCAGGUUGGGUCGAGAUGAUGGCUCCAGUGUACUCGAAAGCUGCCUGGCGUUGUGCUUGGUAUAUGAUCCAGAAUGACUUGAUCCAUGGUUGGGGCCUGGAUAUGCAGCUUGGUUAUUGUGCACAGGGUGAUCGGACAAGUAAAGUUGGUGUGGUCGAUGCAGAGUAUAUAGUUCAUAUGGCUCUUCCCACACUUGUUGGACCUUCAGAUGCGAAACCUUCAAAAUCAAAUAAUCCGUCUUCACAAACAUCGGAAGCUUCAGGUCUGAACAAAUUGGACACCAGAUUUGAGAUACGAAAACGAUCCUACAAUGAGAUGAACGUUUUCAAGAAUAGAUGGAAUACGGCCGUUGCAGAGGAUGAAUGUUGGGUCGAUCCAUUUCAACAACCGGCUGAUCAGAUAAUGCAUUAG